UACUUGAGAGGACGUCUCUUGCACUCAAGCUCUCUCUCCACCUCUCCCUUUCCAGCCGCCCGCUCCUGGCAUACAUAGAGGAAAGCUUCUAUAGUGCACGUUGUGAAAGACUUUUUAUCAUAUUGGAGUUUGACAUCAGUUGGAACGCAAAAUGGCUGACGUAGAGGAGAAAAAGGAACCAGAAAUGGAGAAAAAAGAUCCCGAAGCAGGAGGAAAGGAGGAGUCCGUGGACAUCUCCCCUCAUUGGUUUGAAACAUACGUACAACCAUGUGUGGCGGAACUCCUGGGCAGCGCCCUCUUUAUCUUCGCCGGAUGCCUCUCUGUCAUUGAAAAUGCAAGUACAACGGGCAGCCUUCAGCCUGCAUUGGCGCACGGACUGGCAUUGGGACUGACCAUUGCUGUCCUAGGGGGAAUCAGUGGUGGCCAUUUCAAUCCUGCUGUUUCCCUGGCUGCCUGGUUAAUUGGAGGACUGAAUAUUAUUCUGUUAGUUCCAUACUGGGUCUGCCAGCUCUGUGGGGGAAUGAUUGGAGCAGCAUUGGCCAUGGCUGUGUCAGCGGAUACAAAUUUUGAAAACGCCACUGGGGCUGCAUUUACGACUGUGAAAAAUGAUGAGUCGGUCGCCAGAGCCAUCGGGGCAGAAAUUAUCAUGACCUUCUUCCUGGUGUUUGCAGUUUGCAUGGGAGCCAUCAACGAGAAGUCACGGACCCCUCUGGCCCCCUUCUGUAUUGGGUUUACUGUCACUGUAGAUAUUCUUGCUGGUGGGGCCAUCUCAGGAGCCUGCAUGAAUCCUGCACGAGCCUUCGGCCCAGCUGUGGUGGCUGACUACUGGACCUUUCACUGGAUAUACUGGGUUGGACCCUUGGCAGGUGGCCUCUUGGUUGGAGGAAUAAUAAGGUUGUGCCUGGGAGAUAAAAAAAUCCGCCUCUUCCUUAAGUGACGCCAGAACAAAAAUGUCCCCAGUGUCAUCUUGGUCCAUGCGGCACCUUUACAGUCCCACACAGUACAUCAUGGAUCAGCCUCAGUGGCUCCUCCAGAACCUAAAAGAAAGUCUCACAGAGAUCCCACCAAUCCUUUCUACUCCCUCAACAAUUCUGCCAACGACAACUCACACAAUGCUGCCCGGGAGCUGGAGAGUGACGUCGAAGAAAUAGGGACUCUCUUGUCAUUACACAACAACCCAGGGAGAAGAUACAGAACCCAUGACUGGACUCAGGACAGCAUCGUAUGAUCCCCAUCGCUUGCUGUUGCAUCUUAUCUCAAAGCACCCAGACAAUGCAGCCCAAACCACUAACGGCUGCAUUAAAGCUCUCAUUGCGGCAUAAGCAGUAUUCCUUUUUUAAUAUAUAUUAUUAUUUUGAAUCGAUUUAACCACUGUGUGGUUCAGUGUCUUUACUGGCACAUGGCGCCCAUCACUGCUGCUUGCUUGUAACAUAUUAGCCAACAUAUUCAUUAUGUUUCUUUCGAUUUUCCCACAAUUCUCCAGGGAUGAUCCUCAAACUAUACUUGCUUAUAUAUGGCUAUGUUGUAUGCCUGAUCCAUUUUGGCUAAGAUCAGAGAUAGGUACGGUUAUCUGGUAUGGUGAUAUGGAGAGUCUGUCUAUAUGUGCUUGACUCUUGACUGCUCUAAUCAGUAUAAUCACAUACAUAAAGCCUCCCUUAUUAAUCUAUAGCUUUUUGCUCUUGAAAAUAUUCAUAUUUAGCUCAUACAGGGUCAAACUGGCCUUCCAGAGUACCAAAGUAUCCCCCAGUAGGUCAGUUUCCUUCAGCCCUUUUUUUAUUUCCAUCAUAGGUCUAUAUGGCAUCUAUUACAUUUAGAACUGUCUACAGCUAUCUGUUGUUAGAGUGGCCCUGGGUGUCUGGUUCUCUGAUGGGCCCUUAAGGCUCCAGUCCCACCCUGAGUAGGAGUCAAGUCUCUGAGGGUUAUCAUGUCCAACCCUGUCUCCCAAUCCCAUCAUUUACAACAACCAAUCAACUGUUUUCCUUAAACAGUAGACUAGAGAAGUAAAAGCUACAUGCUGAUUGGUGUGGGUUUGUUCUGUACAAGAUGAAGUAUUGAGUUGUCAUUUAUUGUACAGGACAAGUAAAAUAUGGCACUUUAUUACUCCUUGUUAAUAAUAAUCUUGCCUACACAGUUUACAGAAUUAUGCAGAGCUCAUCUUGAUGUGGUUACAUUUGAAUUUUUACUACAUUUUACCUUUUACCAAUUUUUUUCCUGUAGGGAUAUAGGUGUAUAAGAAACGAAAUGUUAAGUGCCCCCAAAUCUGCCAUUGUGGUGUCAAUGCAGAUACAGAUAUUGCAAUAGCCAAGAGGGAACUGUAUUUUUGAGCACUUACUACAUGAAUAUAAAGAGGCAGAACCACCAUUAGGGGCAGCCCAGUCAGGGUCCCUGUGCCAGAGGAGGCCUAGAGAGACACAAGUCCAGGUCCUGGCUUGGGGGGGGGGGAGGGAAUGGAGAUGGUUUUAUUGAAUCAUAUGAAUGUUGUGUGAUAAAUAAGCUUGGCAUUGAAUUUAUGUUCCCACUGCCCAGGAGGCACAAGUGUGGUAGACUAAUUGGUAACCUAACCAAGUAAUAAGGAGACCCAUGAUUCUUGAAAGUGCCCCUGUAGAAAGGUCUAAAUAAGUAGAUCCAAUACAUUGGGUUGUACAUUAAUAAGGCUGAAAAGAGAGAGGAAAGAUAGAGGAAAGGAAAGUGUGUAAGGAAAAGGGAGAAGUAAAAUGAAGUGUAGAAGUGUUCUACAGAAACUGGGUAGGUAAUAAAGUAUGUUGACUUAUUGUGGGGUGAGGCAGAGCUGUCCUAAGGGGCGGCCAAUAGGGGCAGCUGGCUGUAGUUCAGCACCUCCCUGCACCAAUAGCAACUCAGAGUGAAGGGAGUGGUUUUCUUCAAUAUGGAAGCCUCAAAAUGGGUAACUUGCCCCUGGCCUCUCAACCACCAAGAAUCACUCUUAGAUGUGCAGAGAGGAGGUCGGGAAUAAGAGAAUGUGGAGUGAGAAGGAAGUUGGGGAGAGAAAGGUGGUGAGAGGAAAUUUGAGAGUCAGGGAAUGGGAGAGGAAAGGGUGGAAAGCAAUAGAUUAAAGAGACUGGGAUCUUUUAACAUAAGGGCCAAGAUGGAGUAGGUGGAAGGGGUGAAUAAGAUACAAAAGGAUAUUCAUAAGGAUAAUAAAGAAAAGAUAGGUUAAAGUGAGUCUAUGAGGGAAUUACAAGGUUCUGUUGAUUAAAGGACUAAGGAAUCUCCCAGUGGGCCCCACUGUGCAGUUUGUACCAUAGAAAGUGGUGUAUUACAGAUACCAGCUAGUGCAUUUGUACUAACUGUGCAUAGAGAGGGCCCCUGAUAGUCAGGUUCUCUGGUGGGCCCAGUCCAACACUGCCUAUUAUUGUAAAAGUACAGAUAGAGACCGUAUGAGCCAGCAUACUAAAGGGUAUAUAAACCCAAUUCUAACUAAGGUGUAUUUUGUUGCCUUUGCUGUAUGUGCAUUCAUUAAAAACUGUCUGUUUGCAAAUGUA